AUGUCUUCUUCGGGAGGUGCUCAUUUCCUUUCCUCCAAAUCCAUCGUUGUGUCUGGUGCUGGUAUCGCUGGGCUAACCCUUUCUAUUGCCCUCGCCCAUCACUUCUCUGACAUUCCGAAACCAAAGGUCAUCAUAUUUGAGCGUGACAGCUACGAAGCUCGAACUGGUCGGGAGGGCUACACUCUUUCAAUUCGAGCAGAUAACAGCCCUGGUGGUAUUCAGGUCCUUGACCUUCUGGGACUGAUCCAUCGUGUCAGAAGUAACCUGCAACCAAUAUUCAGCUUCCCGCUUCAGCCCCCUGGACACCGGCUUUCUGGAAUGAGAGUGCGACGCAAUGCUUUGCAGAAGGUUCUUGCUGAUGCGGCCAUUGCGGCUGGUGCAGAGAUUCAUUGGGAGACUCCCAUCACUGCUGCGGAGCAGACUGAAGAUGGGAGAAUGCGGAUAACGUUGCACGACGGGCGUACAGAGAUAUGUGAUUUAUUCAUUGCAGCAGACGGCUCUUGGAGUACAAUCAGAUCCCUGCUCCGACAGCAAAGCAACCUCAAUUAUACUGGCAUAGUCACCUGGGGAGGAACAGCCAAAUAUUCCAGGAAAGAAGACAUUCCCCGGCCGCUUGAUCGAGAUUGGGGUGCUCUUCUGGGUGGGAAAGGUGUAGGUCUGUUCGUCUCGCCGGUGGACGACAAAUCAGUCCUUUGGGCCAUGAGUCGUGCCAGUCGACAGCCGCGUUCUACAUUGAAAUAUCCCAUACCGCAGCGACAUGCAAGAGAUCGACCUCCGUUCGCCCAUAUACGUUUGACAAACGGACCAAUCAUCUGGAUUGGAGACGCAAACCAUGCUGUCAGCCCUUUUGCCGGAAAUGGUGCGAAUCUGGCUAUAAUGGACGGAUGGGAUCUGGCUCCUUCUCUGCGCAAGGCCGAGUAUUUAGAGAAUGCAAUUGCAAUGUACGACAAGAUCGCCGUUCCGCGAGCACAAAAAGUCUUGACGAUGUCAAGGUGGACCAUCGAUAUUUUGCACGCCACCGGAUUGAGAUUGAUCUUGUACAAAAUCGUGAUCAAGAUCAUGUCGUCGAUUACUGAUUCAACAGCAACACCACCCAUCACGGUCACAUCAGCAGGUCUGAACAUGCGUGACGUCGAACUCCUCUCCGAAUGGAGCUCAAACGCGUCAUGGACUAUUGCGGACAAUGUAAUAUCACCGAUGUGGUACGGUUCUGGUCGGAGCAUUCACAGUUCUAUUGAUUGGUCAAUCGAAGCAAUAAUAUGUCGAUCAGAUCCCUCAUUCAGUCACUUCGAGUACCCUCACUGGCUGUUUAAGAUGGCUAAGCCCGGCAGAGCAACAAGGCGGAACCUUUUCCUCCGGACACCGCCCAUGAUUCUGCCGGUGCGGCUCUGGGACGCUAGGACGGGCAAGUGCCUACAGACACUAGAGGGCCAUAGCAGCUGGGUCAACUCAGUGGCGUUUUCUCCCGACGGGCAGCAGCUGGCCUCGGGCUCCCACGACAGGUUGGUGCGGCUGUGGGACGCUGAGACGGACAAGUGUCAGUCUUCACAUACUCCAGGGCCAUAG